ACUUUCUGUCUGUUGGGUUGAUUUGACCUUUAAGCUGAUGUUGUAUGUGUUACUGAUUGUUCUUGAUGUUGGUGAUCUCUGUGAGUGAAUAUCUGUAUGUGAGGGCAGCAUGUGGUGGUUUCAGCGGGGGCUUUGUGCUCUCCCGGUGGCUCUGGUUAUCUGGUCAUCUGCUACAUUCCUCGUCUCUUAUGCCACAGCGGUCGUGUUGGGCCAUGCCGACCUACUCGUUCCAUACAUAAGUGACACGGGCACUGAGGUUCCUGAACGCUGUGUGUUUGGCUUCAUGCUGUCAAUCUCCGCUUUCCUAGGGUUGGGCACCAUGUAUGUUCGACAUAAACAAGUUCAGGCUUUGAUUUCGGCCUCUGAGUUGGGCUUACAGCUGCUGAACUACACAGGCCUCCUGAUGGGAAUCGCCAGCACUGUCGGGAUGUGCGUUGUGGCCAACUUUCAGAAAACAGAUAUGACAUCCAUCCACCUUCUCGGAGCAGGCCUGACCUUUGGUCCUGGGACGCUGUAUAUCCUGGUCCAGACUGGCAUGUCGUACCGCAUGCAGCUGCGUUUCCAUGGAAGGGAUAUUCUGUGGGCGCGUAUGGCUGUGGGAAUGUGGUCGCUCAUUAGCAUCAUUACACUUUUCAUAUCCUCUGUGUUACUGUAUGAUGCCCUGCCUGGCGUGGAUGUAGCUAAUAAGUUACACUGGCAGCCCGGGGAGAGAGUAAGACAGAUGAUAUGCUUGAUUUGA